CGCAGCUGUUUAAAUAGUGCACAGGGUGUAGCGGCGGAAGGAUACAGCGCGUUCAAUAUAAAUAGCAGUGCCUUUUGUUUUGAGCUGUUAGAUUCGCCGCUGACAAGAGAAGAGAAGCUUUGUAACGUUGUGCUCAUCCAGAAAGGAACAUUUGUUUUGUAAAGAUGCAGAUCUUUGUAAAGACCCUGACUGGCAAGACCAUCACCCUUGAGGUUGAGCCAAGUGACACCAUUGAAAAUGUCAAGGCUAAGAUUCAAGAUAAGGAGGGCAUCCCACCUGACCAGCAGAGGUUGAUCUUUGCCGGCAAGCAGCUGGAAGAUGGACGCACACUGUCUGACUACAACAUCCAGAAGGAGUCCACCCUCCACUUGGUGCUCCGCCUUAGAGGUGGUAUGCAGAUCUUCGUCAAGACCCUGACUGGUAAGACCAUCACCCUUGAGGUUGAGCCCAGUGACACCAUUGAAAAUGUCAAGGCUAAGAUCCAAGAUAAGGAGGGCAUCCCACCUGACCAGCAGAGGCUGAUCUUUGCUGGCAAGCAGCUGGAAGAUGGACGCACACUGUCCGACUACAACAUCCAGAAGGAGUCCACCCUCCACUUGGUGCUCCGCCUCAGAGGUGGUAUGCAGAUCUUUGUCAAGACCCUGACUGGCAAGACCAUCACUCUUGAGGUUGAGCCCAGUGACACUAUUGAGAACGUCAAGGCUAAGAUCCAAGAUAAGGAGGGCAUCCCACCUGACCAGCAGAGGUUGAUCUUUGCCGGCAAGCAGCUGGAAGAUGGACGCACACUGUCUGACUACAACAUCCAGAAGGAGUCCACCCUCCACUUGGUGCUCCGCCUCAGAGGUGGUAUGCAGAUCUUUGUCAAGACCCUGACUGGCAAGACCAUCACUCUUGAGGUUGAGCCCAGUGACACUAUUGAGAACGUCAAGGCUAAGAUCCAAGAUAAGGAGGGCAUCCCACCUGACCAGCAGAGGUUGAUCUUUGCCGGCAAGCAGCUGGAGGAUGGACGCACAUUGUCUGACUACAACAUCCAGAAGGAGUCAACCCUCCAUCUUGUCCUGCGUCUGAGAGGUGGUAUGCAGAUCUUCGUCAAGACCCUCACUGGCAAGACAAUCACCCUUGAGGUUGAGCCCAGUGACACCAUUGAGAACGUCAAAGCUAAGAUCCAAGAUAAGGAGGGUAUCCCACCUGACCAGCAGCGUCUGAUCUUUGCCGGCAAGCAGCUGGAAGAUGGUCGUACUCUGUCCGACUACAACAUCCAAAAGGAGUCAACCCUCCAUCUUGUCCUGCGUCUGAGAGGUGGUAUGCAGAUCUUCGUCAAGACCCUCACUGGCAAGACAAUCACCCUUGAGGUUGAGCCCAGUGACACCAUUGAGAACGUCAAGGCUAAGAUUCAGGACAAAGAAGGUAUUCCUCCAGACCAGCAGCGUCUGAUCUUUGCCGGCAAGCAGCUGGAGGAUGGACGCACAUUGUCUGACUACAACAUCCAAAAAGAGUCAACUCUCCAUCUAGUCCUGCGUCUGAGAGGUGGUAUGCAGAUCUUCGUCAAGACCCUGACCGGCAAGACCAUCACUCUUGAGGUUGAGCCCAGUGACACCAUUGAGAACGUCAAGGCUAAGAUCCAAGAUAAGGAGGGCAUCCCACCUGACCAGCAGCGUCUGAUCUUUGCCGGCAAGCAGCUGGAAGAUGGUCGUACUUUGUCCGACUACAACAUCCAAAAAGAGUCAACCCUCCAUCUUGUCCUGCGUCUGCGAGGUGGUAUGCAGAUCUUCGUCAAGACCCUGACCGGCAAGACCAUCACUCUUGAGGUUGAGCCCAGUGACACCAUUGAGAACGUCAAAGCUAAGAUCCAAGAUAAGGAGGGCAUUCCCCCAGACCAGCAGAGGUUGAUCUUUGCCGGCAAGCAGCUGGAGGAUGGACGCACACUGUCCGACUACAACAUCCAAAAAGAGUCAACCCUCCAUCUUGUCCUGCGUCUGAGAGGUGGUAUGCAGAUCUUCGUCAAGACCCUGACUGGCAAGACCAUCACUCUUGAGGUUGAGCCCAGUGACACCAUUGAGAAUGUCAAAGCUAAGAUCCAAGAUAAGGAGGGUAUCCCACCUGACCAGCAGCGUCUGAUCUUUGCCGGCAAGCAGCUGGAAGAUGGUCGUACUCUGUCCGACUACAACAUCCAAAAAGAGUCAACCCUCCAUCUUGUCCUGCGUCUGAGAGGUGGUAUGCAGAUCUUCGUCAAGACCCUGACUGGCAAGACCAUCACCCUUGAGGUUGAGCCCAGUGACACCAUUGAGAACGUCAAAGCUAAGAUUCAGGACAAAGAAGGUAUUCCCCCAGACCAGCAGCGUCUGAUCUUUGCCGGCAAGCAGCUGGAAGAUGGUCGUACUUUGUCCGACUACAACAUCCAAAAAGAGUCAACCCUCCAUCUUGUCCUGCGUCUGCGAGGUGGUAUGCAGAUCUUCGUCAAGACCCUGACCGGCAAGACCAUCACUCUUGAGGUUGAGCCCAGUGACACCAUUGAGAACGUCAAGGCUAAGAUCCAAGAUAAGGAGGGCAUCCCACCUGACCAGCAGCGUCUGAUCUUUGCCGGCAAGCAGCUGGAAGAUGGUCGUACUUUGUCCGACUACAACAUCCAAAAAGAGUCAACCCUCCAUCUUGUCCUGCGUCUGCGAGGUGGUAUGCAGAUCUUCGUCAAGACCCUGACCGGCAAGACCAUCACUCUUGAGGUUGAGCCCAGUGACACCAUUGAGAACGUCAAGGCUAAGAUCCAAGAUAAGGAGGGCAUCCCACCUGACCAGCAGCGUCUGAUUUUUGCCGGCAAGCAGCUGGAAGAUGGACGCACUCUGUCUGACUACAACAUCCAGAAGGAGUCCACCCUGCAUCUUGUCCUGCGUCUUCGUGGCGGCAACUAAUCUGCACUUAAUGUUUAAAUCUUAAAAUUGGUCAAGACCAAAUUUCCCUGUAUUCCCUGUUCUUAUUGAGCAUUCAAUAAAGUUCUAGCAUUCCA